CGCCUCCUAUAUAUACAGCCCCGGGAGUUUCCGAAAUUCAUACUCGGUGACUUCAACUGAACAAUGGUUAACAUGAACUAUCACCAAUCGCAACAAAAAUAUAUACACAACCCGAGUCCAAGACAGUCGAGAAAACGGCAUAAUAAAAGAAAAAGGAAUUACUGGGACACAAUAUCACCGACAACUCACAACCACACUUGAUUAAGAAGAAACGCUUUUAAGGUCUGGUGUGCUGGGUGUAGGAGCGUGUUGAGUCGUCGUGUCUGUGCGUACCAGCUGAUUGGUUGAGAUGACUGCGGAGUGGAUGUACCCCCCCGGCGUGGCGCCGCUGUGUGGUGCAGAGUUGGAGGCGUGGUAUGAAGACUUGCAAGAUAUAUUGGGAUCCGAUGCAGGUGGGGCCAAGCACACACGCCCCCCACCCUGCGCCGAGAAAGAGCCGGAGUUCCUGGAUGUCUUGGAGAGCUGCUCGCUCACCUGGCUGACGGAGGGGCAGGUGUGGGGGGAGGGGGUGCAGCGUGUGAUGGAGGAGCCUUCACCACCUCCGCUGCUCCUCAGCCAGCCACCGGCACAGGAGGAGCAGCGUGGUGCACGAGAGACGGCGAGCUCUGUAGCAGGAGACCUUCUGCCCCCAGAGUUCUUCGAGCUGCUGAGUGAAGGAGGUGUCGGACUGGUGGAAACGGGGGCAGUUAUGGUCACCAAUGGCUACCACCACCACCACCAUCACCCCCCGAACCCUCCGCCUGCCUCCCCAUCAAUCAGUGAGGAAGAGCUGCCCACUGUCCCAAACUCGUCCCCAUCCUGCUCAUCUUCCUCCUCGUCCUCAUCCUCGCAGUCGCCUUCCCUUAACUGCUCACCUUCCUCCUCCCCCCCUCUCUCCCCUCCACCAGCUCCUGCCUCCUCACGCCUGGGCAAGAGGAAGAAAGGGAGUGCACUGUCCUCACCUUUCUCAGGGAAGAAGAGCAGAAAGGAGCGGGAACAGGAGAAUGAGAGGAAGGUGCAGGAGCUGACAGACCAGAAUGAGAGGCUUAAAGCCGAGAUCGAGCGACUUGGUGAGGAAGUUCAGCGGACACGCCGCGCGCUCAUCGAGAGGCUCGUCAACACCAGGAAGUGAGGGGUAACGGGAAGGAAAUGGCUAGACAGAGAAAGGCUGGAAAGAAAGAAGGAACAAGUAGAAGAAUUAAAUGGUAACCGUGAAAUGCACAUAGAGACAAGAGAGGGAAAGGCAUGUGUAAACUGGGGAACAGAGCGAUUCUUUAAGGGUCUUCCCCAAGUAUGAAGGAUGGAGAGGGAGAGAGAGUGAGAGAGUGUGAGAAAGUGUGAUUAAGUCUAACUUGGUUAUAGAAAUAGAAAAGGACCCAGGUUUAGAGUCAUUACUGUAAGAAUCAGCCUCAAUAAAUCAGGCUCCUUAUUUUAAUACACGGUUUUCCCACACAAGAAGCAGACUGUAGGUUUAUUGUAUUUUCCUAAAUGCAGUAUCCAUCACAUGUUGCUUUUGUACUUGAACGUAAUUGAAUGGAGAAGUCUUCAAGUGGUAACAGACUCCCAGGGCAGGUGUAACUGGCAAAUACUUUUGACCAACCUCUAGAAAUUAAGCACUUAUUUGUCCGAUUUACCCUUAAAACAGAUUUGCAAGACGUGUAAAAUGGUUUUAUGCAAGGAUUCUCUGUGCAUUUCAUUGUAACCCAGUUAUAGAGGUAGAUUAAUAUCAUGUCCUAUCAUGAAUAAUUAAAAGGGCUUAUAAACAAAUGUUACAGUAGACCUAGUUCACAGAAAUAGCUCAGGACUGUUUUCUAGUGUUUUUUUUUUUUUUUUUUUUUUU